CCCUACAACAAACCACUAGAGAAAUUUACUUUGAAACGUGUAGAUUUGCAUCUCGAGAUGCUCUCACCGAGACCAUGUUAAAAUCCAAUAAUUAGCAAGUUGCAGAUUCCACAGACAAACAAAGCCCAUUCUAAAACCCUAAAGCAAAACCCUCCGCCCCACGCUCACAUCUUCUUCUCCUCUUCAAAACCCCAAAAUUAUUCUUCAAUGGGUCGCCGAAAGAGUAGCAACACUAGCUCCAGCAACAACCAGGCCUCAGGAACCUCUAACGAUAUGGAACCACAUGUGGCCACCAAGAUUCGCUUCCGUGACGAGGACGACGAAGCUAUCGACGCCGCCACCGAGAGCUCGAACCACGACGAAUCCAUGUGCGACGUUGAUGCCUCUGUUGCCGCCUGCGAUAAACCCGCUGAAGACCCACAGUGCGAGCCCGACGUAUCCUUACCCGAUGCCGAUGAAAAAACCAGCGCCGAUUAUUAUUUCGAUUCCUAUUCUCAUUUCGGUAUUCAUGAAGAAAUGUUGAAGGAUGUUGUGAGAACUAAGACAUACCAAAAUGUUAUUUAUCAAAACAAGUUUCUAUUCAAGGACAAGGUUGUUCUUGAUGUGGGAGCUGGGACUGGAAUUUUGUCCCUGUUUUGUGCAAAAGCCGGAGCCAAGCAUGUUUAUGCAGUUGAGUGCUCACAUAUGGCCAACACUGCCAAAGAAAUCGUUGAAGCUAAUGGAUAUUCAAAUGUUGUAACAGUUUUGAAGGGAAAGAUUGAAGAACUUGAGCUCCCAGUACCUAAAGUUGAUAUAAUUAUCUCAGAAUGGAUGGGAUACUUUUUGUUGUUUGAGAAUAUGUUGAACACAGUCUUGUAUGCUCGUGAUAAAUGGCUCGUCGAUGAUGGGAUUGUUUUGCCAGACAAAGCUUCUCUGUUUUUGACUGCCAUUGAGGAUGCAGAGUACAAAGAAGACAAGAUUGAAUUUUGGAACAAUGUCUAUGGCUUUGACAUGAGCUGCAUUAAGAGGCAAGCAAUGACAGAGCCUCUUGUGGACACAGUUGACCAAAAUCAAAUUGUUACAAACUGCCAGCUGCUUAAGACUAUGGAUAUUUCUAAGAUGGCACCUGGAGAUGCUUCCUUUACAGCUCCCUUUAAGCUUGUUGCUGAACGCGAUGAUUACAUUCAUGCUCUUGUAGCCUACUUUGAUGUUUCGUUUACCAAGUGUCACAAAUUGCAAGGCUUCUCAACAGGGCCGAGAUCACGGGCCACACAUUGGAAGCAAACUGUUCUGUAUCUGGAAGAUGUGCUUACAGUCUGUGAAGGAGAGACGGUCACCGGAAACAUGACCGUAUCUCAGAACAAAAAGAAUCCUCGAGAUGUUGAUAUAAUGCUCAAAUAUUCAAUUAACGGCCGACGCAGUGUAGUUUCAAGGGUUCAACAUUACAAGAUGCGUUAAGUUUGGAUGAUAUUUAUCUUAGGCAAACAGUCUCUCGAAAGAAAGUAGCAACACAAGUGUUCUGAAAUUGUUGCCUUGUUGCUGGAAAGCUGCCUAAUAUAUGAACGCAAGAAUGAGGCAGCGUGAUUAAAUUUCUUACAAGUGUAGUUUUCUUGUAAUUUUUUAAUGGUCAUUUCUUUCUAUUUGAGCACCAUGAAAAUUUUGGAAUUGUUUAUUAAUUAAUUUGCCUCCGCUAUUAUGUCAUUUCUCUUUCCUUAAUUUUAAAAGGGUUUAUCUUUUUGGAU